CAACACUUUCGUCAGCUUGUAUCAUUCAUCGACUGCCUUCGCCGCUCAACAGCGCAUCCACGACAUCAGCCAUUGCUUUCAACACACUUGAAACUGCAUACGACCUCACCAGCACUUCAACAUGUCUUCAAAUGUAGCAGUGCAACCUAGCCAAAGCGAUCCAAGUGGUGCUGAUGCAAAUCAAUCAGGAUCAAAGUUUAAGCGCUUUCUGAAAAAGUUUGGUCGCAGGACGUCGGAUGACGUUGCUGGCGGUCAUGUUGAAGGGUCCAACGUCGACACGCCUAAUGCACAGAACGGUUCCCCUUGGGCUACGAAUGGCGGUGAAGGACUGCCAAACGGUCACAGGAGCAGCGGCCACACGCCAUCUGGCGCUGCUCCGGACCCGACUGUCUCGGACUACAAGAGCAACGAGAAAGGCACUGGUCGAUCGAGGAGAGGUAGCGCGAAAGCGCCCACGCCAAUCUUGCCUCCACUGAGCUCCAACAAUGAUCGUGCUGCCGUCGGUCAAAAAUCAGGCGUCACCCCCUCCUCGCCUGCCGCAGCGCUGGGACUUGGGUUUGAUGCCUCUCGUGCACCUGAUCUUGCUGGAACGCUGCAAUUGCCUCAAAAUGAUGGGUCAAACAGCCCUCCGCCUCAGAUUGGCGGCUUACCAACAUUGGAAGCGCUUAGGCCUGCAGACGUCAUCGCGAGCGCGCCGCAGAGCAAUAAUGCAGGGCCCGCUCCAGCAGAGGUUCCCCAACUGCGAGAGGACGCAAAGCCAUUGGAAGAUUUGACUACAGCUGGACUUGCUGAUGGGCCCAAUACAGCUUCGGCUGCUGCAGCUGCUGCGAUAGCUCCAACCGAGCCGCUGCUGACGGCCGAGACCGCAUACUCUGGUCACAUAGACGGUGACGGCGACGAAGCACCGCAAUCGAGCGGCGCAAUUGUCAGCGACGAGGUCUUGCCCGCUCAAGCCGCCACUACAGCAGCUUCGCAGGAUGGGUCGAGCUCUGCUAGCGGAUAUGAGCCCUCUUUGGGUGCCAGAACCGCCGACACUGGAAAGCACAGUCGUGCAAGCACAAAGCCGACUACGCUGAUGAGCUACGAAGGACGUGAUGGUGCUGCUCCCUCUUUGGCCGGCAUUGCUACUCACAGGCAUGGCGAUGCUACUUCUUCAGCUCCGGGUGCCGCCUCCGCAACCCCGGUCAUCUCGUUCGUUGACCCUUCCAUUUCGGUACCAGGGGCAGACGAGCCUGCUUCUUCAGAGCCAUUCAUCUCGGUCCCAGCACUCUCGCGUCCUCACCCCUCCAACAAUCCUGCUCCUGGCGCAAUCCCGCCUGACAAUGCAUCGGUCCUGACGCUCGCUUCCUCCACCGCAGCUGCCUCGAUCGGUGCGGGAACAGGGUACGCUGCAUCGUCUCGACACGGGCAUGCUCAUGCUCCGUCUCUAGGCGGUGCAAGAUCCAUCGUCGGGUCUCUCAUGGGAGAACGUCGGAACUCUAGCGAUACGUAUGCUAGUGUCAAGGCGCUACCUCCUCAAAGCAGAAGGGGCAGCGACUCGUCUAUGCGCACGGGUAAGGAAAGCAUUCCUGCUUCCGCUACCGGUCUCAACUCUGCCAACGCUAUGCUUGUUGGUGGAGCCGGAAGUAGCGCUGCGAGCUUCAGGGAUGCAAAUACACAGAGCAGCCCGCUAGUAACUGCGUCCGGGGGACCUGGCGCACCAGGAGAUAGAAUUAGCAUGCAAAGAACCCCGUCACAACGCACGAUUGCAACGCAGUUGUCGAUCCCACUUUCGACCUCUAUUGGCGCUGGUGCUGGAUUGGCGGUCCCAAAUGCGAGCGGGUCAUCGUCAUCGAACGCAGCCUCCACUGCGACCAGUGGUCCCACAAGCCCAACCACUCCUCAAGUGACAAACAACUCGGCCAGCGAUGGUCAAGCGGCACUCGAGUCGAGCGAUCGGGCAGCAGCAGCAGACGGUUUGAGCGACGGUGCCCCGUCAGCUCUAACGGCAGCGGCGGCUGCCGCAGCAGGUGCCGCUGGCACAAUCGCUGCCACAGCCACCUCUCUCAUCUCGGGCGGUGGGUCAGGCUCGGCGCCCGCAGAGAAGGAUGGCGCGCAAGUGCAGACCCUGCCGACGGCAGCUUCCACUUUUGCGCAAGAGAAUGCACAGAAAGAAGUGCAAAGAACGACGGAGGAUGCGAAUGGAGUGGUACAGGCUCAUGCAGACUCUCUGGCGGCGCAGGCGAGUUGAGAAGCAGCAUCAAGAGGAACAGCGGGGCGGUCGCGAUAAUUUCCGCAGCAGAAGACGCGUCGAGUGAGCGAAGUUUGACGUGAUACGCGACCAUCUCUUAGAUAUAUGGAUCGCUAGCGCACAGUGCGCAGCAGAAACUCGCAAGAUGAGCGGUGCGACGAUGUGGCUUUCGAUACUCUUGCAUCCUCUUAGCAC